AUGAGCAGCAUUGAUUUAAUUUUGAAUGUAAAAGGCAACUUGGACUUUGCUCUUUUGUCUAAUCACAUUAAUUUUUCUCAUCGUUCUAUAUAUGCAUUCAGUGAGGUGGCAAAAGCAAUUGCAAGACUCAUAGCCCUUGCACUUGACCUUGGGGCAACUUUUUUUGAUCAGCAAGAAAUGCUUGGCAAGCCUAUUGCCAUGUUCCGCCUACUACAUUGUGAAGGUCUAAUAUCUGAUCCCACAAAGGGAUUAUAUGGAGCUGUAGCCCAUUCUAAUUUUGGUUUGGUUACCCUCUUGGCUACGGAUGAUGUUGUUGGUCUCCAAAUAUGCAAGCAUAAGGAUGUCAAACCUCAGAUCUGGGAACAUGUGGCACCAUUGAAAGGGUGGGUUAGUAUAGCAUUGAGAUUGUUAAUCGUGGAAAAGAAGAUGAGUUAUACACAAGCUAUUGAAGUUGUGUUUGUCCGUCAAUGUAAUUCAUGCAUCUUGCUAGUAAUUUAUACUGGGAUAAUUUUGGAUUUUUUUUACAUUGAUGGGCUCACAACCUAUGCGAUUGAGCUUUUGGGUGGUCGAGUUGGCUCAAACACGUAUGGUAGACCCCAUCUUGCCAACAAGUGGUAUCAAAAGCAUGUUGGGCUCUUCCAUUGUGGACUCUUCAUCUUCCCGACAAGUGAUAUCAAGGGUUGUCCAUAUUGA